UUUUUUUUUUUUUUUUUUCACUUUUUAUCACUUGCUAUUGUUCCACUAGGCGAUUUCGGGGUUUAUCUCAAAGCUUUUGCUUGUUAAGCUCUCCGACGGUAAACAUCGGCGUGGCCGUCCUCUCUCUCUUUAUCUUUUAGAUAAAUUACAACACCCAAUCGUAGUAUUCUCCAUCGCCAAAACCCGGCGGGGGCAUAUAUAAAUAAAUUAUAAGAACAAUUCAUCAGUAACAUCGUAAUCAUUAUUGUGUAUCCUACAGCACAAAAUGGAUGACUCUGGACUUCCGCCUAACUGGGAGGUGCGCCACAGCAACUCCAAGAACCUGCCGUACUACUUCAAUGCGAACGAAAAAAUAUCGCGUUGGGAACCGCCCAAUGGAACCGACACGGAGAAACUCAAGAAGUACAUGGCUACCAACCAUUCGACUUCAUCCCAGAUUUCCGCUGCCACCCAUCCCGAAGGCAAGAUUCGCGCCGCCCAUUUAUUAGUGAAGCAUCGCGAAAGCCGACGACCCGCGAGUUGGCGCGAAAGCGAAAUUACUCGAACCAAGGAGGAGGCGAUGACGAUUAUUAAGGGACACGAACAAAAGAUCAAGAGUGGAUCUGUAUCUCUAGGCGAGCUCGCCAUGAGCGAAAGUGACUGCAGCUCGGCGAGGAAGCGAGGAGACCUGGGUUACUUCGGCAAAGGAGAUAUGCAGAAGGAAUUCGAGGAGGCCGCUUUUGCAUUACAACCCGGCCAGAUGAGUGGUGUCGUGGAGACAGCGAGUGGUCUACACUUAAUCGAGAGAUUAGUUUAGGUUCUUGUCAUACUAUGGAAGAAAAAUUAAAAGAGCCAGGUCCGAAGUUAUGGUGACAUCAGGAAAUGGAGCAGGUGGUAACUGUAUUCAGGGAACCGUACAACGUUUUUGCAUCCUUCGCCUCGGACUGAGGGAGGCCUUGAGAGAUGUUCAACUUUUCUCAAUUACCAAAAGUUGUCGCUUGGUUUACCCUUUCCUAUUCAAUACGGCCGACCGUUCAUAUCUAUAGAUAUUGGGCAAUGCGUCUAGUCAGGCCUCCGUAAUAUCGACUGCCUACGUAGUUAGAUACUCAAUCCUUUUCCCAAACAGAGAAUAUCCGCGCCAUUCUAGUACUUAAGAAUUAAUACCAAGCGACCAAUAUACAAUCUCCAAUCGAGGAGUUACACAAGCCCCCCUUUUAAGAAGCUUAAGUAUAUUGUAUACCUAGGUACACUUUCAGCUAAUAUAAAUCGUCAUUGAACGUA